AUGACUAAGCGCAAAAAGUUGAGCUCCAUCGGCUUGUCAACCUCGUUCGAUGAGCAGCAUUGCAGCACGCCCACGACAGCCAUAUCGACACCAAUGGCUGCCAUGUUUACUCCCAGCCGGGGGAAGGCGAUGGGACGUGCCAUUAAGGCCUCGUCCUCUGGCCCUGUUACCCUUCCUGGGUUCCUAGUGCCAGCAUGGCAGGCGACGUCUGCCAAUACGCCAGCACCCCGAGCCACGGCCGCCUCUUUCUCAACGACUUCGAAGCGACCCUCCAAGUUGGGCCGAACUCCCCUAUCGAUCCCUCCAGGUGUGGAGCUGUCAGUUGGAAAGCCGACUGCGCGCAGGGACUUGACGUCGUAUAAGAAGGUUUACAGGAAGACCAUAAAUGUUAAGGGACCGCUGGGAGCGCUUGAUCUUGAGGUUCCCGAAUAUGUGGAAUUGGUACAGGACCCUGAGGCCAAGUCGGUAUUGUUGAGUGUCCAGGACAACGAAGCCAAGGACCAGAAGGCAAUGUGGGGAACAACAUGGUCUUACCUCAAGAACUACAUCAUGGGUGUCUCAGAAGGCCACACGGCCAUUCUCCGUCUCGUGGGUGUUGGAUAUCGAGCCAGCGUCGAAGAGCGAGGUGCUAAGGAGGAAUACCCCGGACAGCGCUUCUUGUGCCUCAAGCUGGGUUUUACGCAUCCUGUAGAGGAGGGUAUUCCUCGAGGUGUCACUGUUACGACUCCUGCGCCUACACGUAUCCUGAUCGAGGGCAUUGACCGCGAGACUAUCAUGUCUUUUGCGGGACGAGUUCGCAUGUGGCGUCCUCCGGAGCCUUACAAGGGAAAGGGUGUGUUUAUCAAUGACCAGACGAUCAGGCUGAAGCAGAAGAAGAUCAAAUAG